AUUCAAGAAUUCACUUAGCCUAUUUUACGGCGUCCGGCAACUCCUUGAUUUUCGCGUGGCCGCUGCUGUCAAAAACUAUUGACUACUACUACUACUGACAUUUAACACCAUUAGACGACAUAUUUAACUGAUCGCGAUGUAUUCUCCGUUCCAUCAACUCAGAAAACCCGCGAACCAACAGAACGCAUUGGAAAAUGUGUCACAAUUUCCAGCUCAUCUCGUGCCAGGUAGGACUAUUGCUGCGGCUGCAGUCAAUGAAGAUAGCUGCGAGUUUGGAUCACCUAAAUACUUUGCCCUUUGUGGGCUCGGUGGUAUUAUCUCCUGUGGUCUGACACACACCCUUGUCACACCCUUAGAUUUGGUCAAAUGUCGUCUUCAGGUGAACCCUGCCAAGUAUAAAAACCUCAUCAAUGGUUUUAAAGUAACAAUGGCUGACGAAGGUGCUAGAGGAUUGGCAAAGGGAUGGGCUCCGACUGCCAUGGGUUAUUCAAUUCAAGGUCUUGGUAAAUUCGGCUUAUACGAAUAUUUCAAAAUUUUGUAUGCUGACUUGUUGGGAGAAGAAAAUGCAUAUUACUGGCGUACAUCACUUUACCUCGCUGCCUCUGCAUCUGCUGAACUUUUUGCUGAUAUUGGUCUCGUUCCUCUGGAAUCAAUCAAAGUAAAAAUUCAAACUACUCCUGGUUUUGCAAAUACUAUGCGUGAAGCGGUUCCCAAAAUGUUACAACAAGAAGGCAUAUCCGCUUUCUUCAAGAGUUUAGUGCCUUUGUGGAUGAGACAAAUUCCUUAUACCAUGAUGAAGUUUGCAUGUUUUGAAAGAACGGUUGAAUUAAUUUAUGCUCAUGUUGUACCCAAGCCUAGGGCUGAUUGCAGUAAAGGAGAACAAUUGGUUGUUACAUUUGCUGCUGGGUACAUUGCUGGUGUUUUCUGCGCUAUUGUAUCCCACCCAGCUGAUACAUUAGUAUCAAAAUUGAAUCAAGAAAAAGGAGCUUCAUCAGUUGAUGUGUUAAAAAAAAUUGGUUUUGGUGGUUUGUGGAAAGGUUUAGGCCCAAGAAUUAUUAUGAUUGGUACCUUAACAGCAUUGCAAUGGUUCAUCUAUGAUUCUGUAAAAGUUACUUUGAACAUUCCUCGACCACCACCACCAGCACCACCAAAGGCAAAGAGUGAAUAAACAGUUGAUAGUUCAACUAUUUAAUCAAUUCAGAACCGUCAGUCUUACUUAAAUUAAAUGUAAAUUAUCUGCACCUAUUAAUCUUUGAGGAGUAUUCAGUGUCAAAUUACAGUGCUUUUUAGUUUUGUUUUACAUUUAAAUUAGAUGCUUAAUUCAUUCCAGUAUAAAAAUACCUCAACCACGUGUAAUAUUAGAAUACAACAUUUUAGAGUGCUGUAUCACUACUGUAAUAAUAUGUUUGUUUAAUGUUAAUAUCUUAAUAAAGUUACUAUAUAUGUUCUGAA